CCUUAAAAUCGAGGUUUACAACUUAUGAUAGCAUUUUAACUACUUAAUAUGCUGAGCCCGAAUGGAGUGUUGUAGAAGAGUUAGCAUUUCGAAGGCCCAACUUCAAGCUAGAGAUUGUUUACUACGUAUAAAGUUAGAAUAUCCUAGUAAUAUUACGAUCGCGUUAAUAACUCAAGAAGGAAAGCUGUUAGUUAAAGAAGGAAAAGAUGAAGUUAUGCAAAGUUUUGUUGAUAAAGUGAAUAUGCAACGAAUACUACGCUGGAAGGAAGCAGCGAGCUCACUUACUUCCAGCAUCUUAGCUAUGGACAUAUUAGAAUCCAUACACAUAAAAGGUGAAACAUAUCUCCUCUCUGCCUAUCCUAUGAACAGAUUUUUCCUGUUAACGAUUGCUAAAAUGCAUGCUGAAGAACUAGAAGAUUUUGACACAGCUUUAUUGGAUAAAAAAGUCAAAAUUUUGAUAAACGAACUUCAGCUUCUCUUGCAAAACUUUAUUGUAAAGGACUAA